CCCGCUCCAUAGCCAAUCCUGCCCUACUGUGCAAGCGUCCAACAGCAGCUGUGUAAGUGCAUUUUCAUUCAAGAAAUGCCGUGUUUUUGUUUACAUCCGCCAAAAUGACGGAAUUGAUAAAUUUAUUUAGCAAAUUAAGUGAAUUUUAUGAUCGUCAAUUACUUUGGGAAAAUAUUGAAGAGAUUUACGAAAAGGAUGCUGAAACAGAUCAAAAUAAGAAGAAACAGCCUAGCGGCGAAUCACAAGACUCCGAUGAGGAACCGCUAUCUACUUCGAUCCCUAAAUCUGGUAUCAUUAAUCUUCCGUUCCUACGACGUGCGCUUAACGAUCCUCAAGUGCUUGCCACGCUGCUAGAAUUGAGUUCCACCAUACGCAAUUUACGCGGUGAAACAAGUGCCAGUUAUGAUAACACCUACGAUUGCUGGGAUGAAGUCGUGAAAGUGUCACCGCGUGAUGCCUACCUCAGUUUCGUAUAUGCUUUAGCUGGUUUGCCGACAUUGGAUCCAGCGUCUGCUGCAUAUACAAAGUUGGCGCUUGCCGCUGUAAACACUUACUUUCUUUCGCUGACUAUACCUGGCGCAAAGGGGUUUCACAUUUUCGAACCGGAGGUAAUAGCACAUUGUCUACAAGUAUUCACCAUUAUCGAGCGCAUACAACAGCCAGAUGUAGUGCGUCGCAUGUCAAAACAGCAGCCUGUAGAGAUUUGGAUACGCUUUCAUACAUUAUGCGAUGAUUUGAAAUUGUUGCUAAGGUAUGUGCACUUCAGUGAUCACAAACCAACACGCGAUUUGCUGCUAAAGAAGUUAAUUGACAUACUCUACAUGAAUCAUGAACGAGGAUAUGCAAACGUGUAUGCUGCAAACCUACACGCCAAGUGUUUCGAAAUUUUCGAGGAAAUAGUAAAUGCUCAUAAUGGCGAACCAGAAGAAACACUCAUGAAGCUAAUGAACAUGACUGUCUUCGUACAUACCUACGCGCCAAAACCGAAGAGCUCCUACGGCGCAAGCAUUAGCGGCGACUGCGAGCACAUUUCUGAUUGGUUUAUUAAAUGUAUUUCCAAAUAUCCACGAAUUCUUGUCAAAGUGCUGAGUUUCUACAUUGAAUGUAUUGUAACCAAUCCGAUCAAAUCAUGGAAAACAGAGCAAACACAGCGUGCACUUGAAUAUGCUGCAAAAUAUGAUGCAGCGCUAUUCACUAAGUGCAAUGAGUCAACAGUGGAAUUUCUCUGCGAUGCCGUCUAUGCAGAUGAAGUGAUGAUACGCUCCCGCGCCAUUGAUUUGAUGUCGCGCAUUUUGCAGCUAGAGUCACAAGUUGAUUGGCAAAUGUUUCGCCAUGAAAUAUCGGACAUACCGCGCGAAGUGCAUCUCAUAAAUGAGCUUAUAAAAAGUCUGCAAGACUGUAAUAAUACAAUUAAAUUAAAGGCAGUGCAAGCAUUACAUAUAUCACUAACUAAAGGUUCUCCCAACACCCUGAAAAUACUUACUGAGGGCAUACGCUAUACACAGUAUCACGACGUGGGCGUUGUGCUGCCAGACGAGCCGCGCGUAACCAAAAAUGAAAUACGUUACGAGAAGCCCACGGCAUUGGAUCCAAAAUUUAGCUACACAGGGCAUGGUUUGGUUGAGUUAGCGUUCUUACAUUUGCCAGAAUAUGUGUACAAAAAUCUCUUUCAAAGUCCACAAUCGUAUAUGAGACGUGCGGGUGUGAUGUUUAUGGAGCAGUUGGUGAAACUGAAUCCUUUAAUAAUCUUCAAUACAAACUUUGUAGCGGAAACGACGCGUUUGGUGGAUGAACCCACAGCCUUAGUGCGUAAACAAACUCUGCUCACCAUCGAUGGCAUACUUGGUUGCUAUCCAAAUUGUUAUGCAGUAAUAUGGGUGUGGUGUAAAAUUGUUGCGCCCAUGUUACGAGACGCCGAUCCCAAGAAUGUGGAAUUGGCUAUGGAUUGUUUUCGUUCACGCGUACUAGUAAAUAUGCGUGGCAUUGAUCAAUCAAAUCAAGCAGAGCACUUUAUGCCAUGGGUUAUCAUACGCACGAUGCUGUCAACGCAGCCGCGUCUAUAUUUGCAGAUGUGCUUCCACAUGGCGCUGCAGCAGCGAAUGCUUAACCCGCAAAUGGUCAGCAUAAUCGAAUCUCACCUACUAACUUCAAAUUCCACUGAAGCCUGGAUUGUACUCAAUUUCAUUUCAGGCAAAAUAAAGAGUAAGGAGCCGGAUGCCCUGGUGCAUCUCUUCACGUCAUUGAAAUCGUGGAACAAGGAGCAAAAUAUGCUUAUCGCUUUGGAAGUGCUUGCCAAUUGUAUACAGGAUUUCUCCCAUUCAGCACUCAAUCAUGCAUUUACGCAUAUACUCAGUCAAAUUCAAGAAGGUCAAAUGAUACCCGUACUCAUUGGCAAGGCAUUUGACCUUCUCAUACACAUUGAUAACUGCUCACAAUCUCAGGCAUGCAAAAGUAGCAACGCAACGACCAAUCCACUUGAGUUAACUGAAAAGGCUUGGCUAUUGGAAUUGCAUGAUUUACUAGAGUUGCGCAUACUCUCCGGCAUCGCUGAUUUUCCUGACAAUCGCACUACAUUUAUGUCACACCUUUACUCUUACUCGGAAGUCAACUUGCAGACACGCUUGCGACCGCACCGCACUAUUGUUUCCUUCAUACACAAAUACAUGAGCGUGUGCUCGAAACUGCCUGAGUGCGAGUUGGAUUUGGAAAAUGAGCGUCUCUUCAAUUCAAUGAUUUUGAUUGCAGGCCGCUUCUCGCUGCGCGAUGCUGUAACGGCCAGCACUAGUUGUACGCUUUACGGCGCAAUUUUGAAAGUAAUCGAUCGUCCGCCAAUUGUGAAUACAAUAAUUGUUUCCCUUACGGAUUUAUGUAAGAAACACACACAGAUAGUCGAACGUAUUAUAGAGCAUGUGCUAGCGAAAUUGGCCUCGCCAUACUUAGUCAAUCGCAUAGAGACAUUCAAAUGUUUUGAGAAGCUAGUACUGCAGGAUCAAAUAAAGUUACGCGGUUCGCUUCUAUUGGCGCUUAUGUCUACAAUUUUGGACGAUAAUGUAGAAUUAGCAAUGCGUGCGUGCGAGUUUUUUGCUGAAUACCUCAGCAAAAAGAAUGCCACGCUCUUUCAGAAAUGCCUGGUCGAAUGCCCAUUCGUUUUUAAUGAGUAUGAGGAUUUUGAUGGUUUAGAUAGUUUUUCGGAUACGCGCAUAAAGUCGCCAUUGAAGGGUGAGGAAAAGCGCAAAAGUCGGCAAUUGCUAUAUAAUCAUUUGAUGGCAUCGGUGGAUCAAGUAAAUUUGGUGCUGUAUUUCGGGCAACUAAAGCUUAUUUGUGAAAAAUCACAACGCGACUCAAGCAUGAAAAGCGCAGAGGGUAUCGCUUUGAUCAAAGAUGUACUUUUCAUUCUGAAACGUGUCUGCCAGCUGGCGAAAGAACAAAAACCGAGCGCAGAGAAUAAAGAUGACGAUGAAGAAAAUACCAAAACUGAUGAUGCACUUACAGAGGCUAACGAAGCAGCAGCCUCAGAGCAGCCAUCCACUGGAAAGUCUACCACAAAUACUGCUACAAGCAGCACAGGACGUGGGCGUGGACGGCGCAGAGCUAUUGUCACGAUGCCUGAUGCGCUAGUUCUCCUCGAGAAGUCUUUGAUUUUUAUACCCACCAUCUACGGCUGUUUCACUGCCCAGAUGACAGAUGAUGACUCGUUGCAAAAAGCGUUCGAUGAUUUGGGUUUUGCACUAGCAAAGCGAUUUCCCAAUCUAGUGCAAUACGCACAGCCAGCAGCGUUUUGGAAAAAGUAUAGCAAUAAAAUCGUAACACCGGUUAAACAAAAUAAGAAAAACAAAAAAGCUAAGGGAAAAUCCACAAGUAAAGCGCCUGAGAAGGCUCAAGCUAACUCAACACAAAUUGAUGAAGCUGUCAAUUCAACUGAGAAUGAUGUAGAUGCUGAUGACGAUAUGGGGUUCGGCGAUUCAUUGUCAGAAAGUGAUCAUUGCUCUGAUGAUGAUUUGCCAUUGGCAAGCAGUAAGCGUGACGAUGGCGCAUCACCACAAAAACGGCCGCGUUUAAGCGAUGCCGAAUUGCCAAUGGAAUAUUUGUUCAAUCCGAAUAUUUGAGAAUUACAGCAGUGUCCUGGUACAAGCACCAAGACCGGGACACUGAGUAGCGUUAGUGAUGUUAAGUGUUUUGACGUAUAGAAUAGAAUAGAUUUUCUUAUAGAGGAUGUGCGCUGCGACAAAACGUCCUGUAAUGAAACCAAGCAGUUUCGAGGGCGGAAGGGUCCUUCCUUUCAGUUAGUAAGUCUUCUUUUCGCAACCGCAUGGUUUUCUAAAAGGAGAUGCGAUAUGGUUUCUUCUGCCAUGUCGCAGUAAUAAUAGGAGGAUGUUCAUAUAAAUCUUAGGUUUGUCGUUGUGACGAAUAACAAUAUAAAUUUUUAUAUUUAGACUGACACUGGAAUAUGUAUGUAUGUAUCUAUUUAUCAAAAGUGGUACCUUACUCAAAACGAUAUCAUAGCCGCUACUUAGAUCUACUAAAUCCCGCAUUUAUACUAUGAUUAAGUUUGGUGUUUUUUUGUUUUUUUUUUUGUUGCUUAUUUGAAGUAAUACAAAUGACUCGAAUAGUGUAUUAGGUGACUUAUAUUUUAAAAUUUAACUUGUACAUACAUUCUUACAGGUGUGUGCAUUUAUACAGUAAAAUUGUUAGAUAUUAACUAUGUUUGUAUAAAAUCUAUUCGGUGUAUUCUGAUACGACUAUUCGUUAAUAAGUAAGGUCAAUUUGAUGUACGCUAAUUUGAUGUGUGUAUGUU